GACACUGACAUUUCCACUACGUUUACAAAAGGUUUUUAAUUGCUGUUGACUUUCUUGUAAAAAUAUAACAAUUAUUUAAAACAUUUUUGAAUGUAAACUAAUAUUCUUAGCAAACUCUUAUCUUUAAAUUAUUAUUUUAAAUAGUUAAUAAGCUUAAAGGCUAAAUUUAAGCGUUAAAUCAGAAUGAAUUCUGCGACCCCAGGUGUGCCGCAGGUGCCGCUACUUGACGAUGACACCAUAGCUUUCGGUGAAGAGGACAAUGUGAACAAACAAUUUGUGCAUCCAUACAUUGUAUUUUUCCACUUGAUCUUCAGAAGUGCAGCCAUCGUAGUAUAUAUAUUAUGUGGCUGGUUUUCUGACUCCUUCAUUGCAAGCUUUGUUUUGGUUAUACUUCUUCUAUCUGCUGACUUUUGGACCGUUAAGAACAUAAGUGGAAGAUUACUUGUAGGAUUGAGGUGGUGGAAUUAUGUGGAUGAUGAUGGGAAAUCACAUUGGGUAUUUGAAUCUAAGCAGAACCGCGUGAAUCGCAACGAGAGCCGUUUAUUCUGGAUGGGAUUGAUACUAUGUCCACUCAUCUGGUCAGGCUUCUUCAUUAUAUGCCUCUUUGGACUUAAAUUUAAGUGGAUGCUGUUAGUUUUAAUAGCGUUAACGUUAACUGGGGCCAACUUAUACGGAUACGUCAAAUGCAAGUUCGGCGCGAAAGAGAAUCUUCAGUCCGCGACCACAGACUUCUUCAAGAAACAGUUGCUUGAAAACGCGUCGUCGUUCAUGUUCGCGCAGCCCGCGCCGCCCACGACGGGCAACACCGGCGUCGUAUAGAUUAAAUAUAUUUUAAUGUAAAUUUAUAAAUAAAUUAUUAUGUAAAAGAAAUUGUAUUUAUUUGAUAGAUUUAUAUAUAAUGUAUAUUUUUUAAAUUAACAAUAAAAAUAAUGAAUGUUUAAUUUUUAA